AAACACCAGCGCUUUGAACUGGAAUCAUGAGCACAAUUAUUGAUGCUCCUUUAGCCACAGACCCUGAUAGCGGGCCGUUACUCGACCAGCAAGCACAUUCAAACUACAGGAUAUGGAAGAAAAACACACCCUUCUUAUACGACUACAUUUCCACUCACGCUUUGCUCUGGCCGUCCAUGACGAUUCAGUUCUUUCCAGACUUGGACAAACCAUCCGACAACCAGAUACCGCCCACCACCCAACAGUCCAAAGAUAUAGAUCAUAAUGUCGUGUAUCAGCGGUUGUUAUUGGGGACUUUCACCUCAAACCAGGCAGUGGACAGUAUUUCGAUAUUGCAGUUGCCGUACUACGACAACUUGAACAAGCACUUGAACAUCGACAAAUUGAACUACAAUCCUGAUAAACUGGAAUUCGAAAUGACCACUGUUCCCAAGAAGAAGAUGUCGAUGCUACAGAAAAUCAACCAUCUCGGAGACGUCAACAAGUUGGUGUACAUGCCACAGAACCCAGAUGUGCUUGUCAGUGGGAACGAUUAUGGAUCGUUGGUGAUAUACGAUCGAACCAAGCAUUCGAGCUACAAGAAUACCAGCGACUCGGAGGACAUUAACAAACCUCAACUAACGUUACAGUCCUCGAACCAAGGUGAGGGAGAACAAAUCUUUGCUGUAGACUGGAACAAACAGAAGGAAGGAACCAUCGUGUCGGGGAAAAUGAACGGGAGUGUUAACAUCCACGAUAUCAAAAGUCUGUUCACGAGCACGGACUCUACUGACAUCCAUCCGCUUCGGACCUAUGACUGCUUUUUUCAUGGAGUGAAUGAUGUGCAGUGGGUUCCGGACCACGAAGCGAUUUUUGCAUUUGUAGAUGAAGGUGGUGCAUUCAAACUUGUCGACACCAGAACCACUGGCUCGACGGCCAUUGACAGAUCAAUAACACAGGGCCCUGCCAAUACGCUAAGCUUUAACCCCCAAAACCUGGCAUACACGGUAAUUGGUGAUGGGUCUGGAAAUAUCCUGGUGUGGGACAUAAGGAAUAUCAAGCAUAGCGGUUCUGAAGUGUUGACCAUACAGAAAGCGCACGAUGAGGUGAUCACUCGGGUGAAAUGGCAUCCGAAGUUCCAUAGUGUGUUUGGUUCUUCUUCUGGUGAUAAGACCGUCAAGAUCUUUGAUGUCGGCCAGUGCGAGAAGAACAAUGGAAUGGUGUUUGUGCACAGUGGACACAUGCUUGGAGUCAAUGACUUUGACUGGUCAUUGCAUGAUGACUGGAUGGUUGGAAGUGUAGCGGACGACAACUCUUUACACGUAUGGAAGCCUUCGUAUGAUAUAGUCAAAGGAUACAAGUGAAAUGAAUGAGUCAAGUAUAGUAAAGUCACACAUAGUCAAGAAUAAAAGUCACUACAUAGUCAAGAAUCAAAAUCAAGUGACUGAUGGAUGAUAUCUUUACCUGCAAAGGCUGCUCUCAAUAGUUUUGUAUUCUAUACUAUUUAAUGUGAAUAAAUUAGUUCUGGGCUAAUUUUCAUAAGUGGAUCGUGUAGGUUCAGAGUUGUGAAUGCUUAAGCCUUGGCGAAUAACUUUUCAACCUCAGCAACCGAUUCAGCCAAUACUCUUUCUUGGAACUUAGGGUUCUCGAUUUCCUUGUUGACCUUAUCCAACACAGACUUGAUUAAUUGGUCUUGUUCCAAUUGUCUCUGUUGUUGUUCGAAUCUGACCCAUGAGUCCAAAGUGGAUUUGGCUUCGGCCACAACCGCAGCCUUUUGCUUCAAUUCAAAAGACUUGGCUUCCAACUCGGCGGUUUCCUUGGAAAUGGCAAACAAUUGCUUGGUGGUGUCAACCACAUCCUUCAAUUGGGAAACAGAGGUGAUUCUGUCGUUCACGGCAGAAAUGUGCUUUGCUCUGGAUUCGUUCAACAAUUGGUUGACCUUCUUCACUUCACCGUCAGCCCAUUCGGUGUACAAUGGGGCCACAGCCUUAGCACACAAGGCAACGAAGGCAGCGAAAGUGGCUACCAAAAUGGUUUCAUCGUGAAUAAUAAUCAAUUCGUUGGAGAUUCCGUACACGGCGGCAGCAGCACUGGUGGCUAAGAAGCCGGUCUUGGACAAGUAGUUGUUACCGGGCAUGGCAUCGACGAUAGAAGUGGCCUUUUGUUUUGGUUCAACGGGUGUGGACAUGUAACGCAAACCAAUUCUGUUAAAGUUAGUAUAAAGACGUAUAUGGUU